CGUCCAGUCGAUAGAUGCAUGCCAGUAGAAGGGCUUUAUAAACAAGAUCACUUUGUAAAUUAUAAAGAAAUAGGUGAAGCAAUUUUUCAAUCAUUUCGCGCCAAAAAAUUUGUGACAACAACCUAUUCUGUGCAACAACAUCAUAACAAUAUGGCCGCUUAUCAAUUACUAUCGGCUGGCCUAAUGUUGGUUUUCCUUAUUGGACUGAGUACCUCCGGAGCCGAAAGCAAAUGUCAAGAUUUGGAUGGACGAUGUAAACACUGGGCAAGCAAAGGCGAAUGCAGAAAUAAUGCAGAUUUCAUGCGUCGCAAUUGUCAGAUGAGCUGCAAAAUUUGCCAAGAGGCAGUAUUACAAGCCAUUUUAGAAGAUUCAAAUAAUCAAAUAAUGUACGCAAUUGGGUUUGUGUUGAUCGCUGUUAUAGGCUUCACCAUAGCAGGAAUAAGAGUUUAUUUUGCUGGUGGAUCAUGUGGAAGCCUUGCAAAGUUAAAGGGGAAGACUGUGAUUGUGACAGGCGCUAACACUGGUAUUGGUAAACAAGCUGCCUUAAGUUUCGCUGGAAGAGGAGCAAAGGUAAUUUUGGCAUGUCGAAAUUACAGCCGUGGGUUAAAGACAAUGAAGUAUAUUAGAGAUUUAUCUGAAAACAAGACAGUCGAGUUUCGUAAACUAGACUUGAGUUCAUUUGAGUCAAUAAAAGAAUUUGCAAAAGAAUUUAAUGCUGAAGAAGAUAGACUUGAUAUUCUUGUAAAUAAUGCAGGUGUUUUGACUGGUUCAAAACGACAGGUGACUGAAGAUGGACACGAGGAAAUGUUUCAGGUGAACUAUCUUGGUCCAUUCUUAUUAACCAAUUUGCUCCUUGAUAAACUGAAGCAGUCUACCCCAAGUAGGAUCAUAAAUGUGUCAUCAGCAGUCCAUCAUCAAUCCAAAGGCUUGGACUUUCAAGAUCUUGAGAUGGAACAGAAGUUUGAUAGAAUGAAGCAGCUUGUACAGACUAAACUAGCAAAUAUACUCUUUACUCAUGAAUUAAGCAAAAAACUAGAAGGGACAGGAGUAACUGCAAAUUGCUUACAUCCAGGCUUUGUCAGGACAGAGGCUACGAGAAAUGUUGGUAUUCUGCAAUGGAGACUGGUCAAAAUUGUUCUUCUACCAUUUAGAUUGUUUUUUAUGAAAACAGCUAGACAAGGUGCACAAACAACAAUUCAUUGUGCUGUGGACCCUGCUUUGGAAAAUAUUUCAGGGAAAUAUUUUGUUGACUGCCAAGAGAGUGAUGUGAGUCCUAUCGCAAAAGAUGAUGGAGCUGCUAAAAAGCUAUGGGAAGUGAGUGAGAGACUCACAGGACUAAACCAAUAAAACAAUUUAUAGAAUUUGUGUUUAAAAUGAGCUAAGGGAUUGAGAUGUUUCAAAAACUGACAUAUACUAAAAACUAUGAUAAAACUCAACUUUAAUAAUUUAUUUGAAUUCUUAAUGAUUGAAACAGAGAGUGAUUUUUAACUGUUAUAAAUAAAUUUUGUGCUAAUAAAGCUGGUUCCUCCUUGAUUUCUUAAGGAAUAUUUA